CUGCUGAAUAUAUAGAUACCGGCUACUACGAUAUGAAACAUACUAUACUUCUUUACCAUGGCUCCAUUAGUCCUCUACUUUGCAUUUCUUUUCACCUUUGUCCUCUUAACCUUUAUGGUUCAAAACAUAAGAAAGAAGAAAAGUUAUUCAACUUAUAACAUACCAAGAGGACCUAGAAAGCUACCUAUUAUAGGAAAUAUACAUAAUCUGUUAAGCUCUCAUCCCCAUCGAAAAUUAAGAGACUUGGCCAACAAAUAUGGACCUGUGAUGCAUCUUCAACUUGGAGAGAUUUCUACUAUUGUCAUUUCAUCACCGGAGUUUGCCAAAGAGGUGAUGAAAACCCAUGAUAUUAACUUUGCAACAAGGCCUCGACUCCUAGCUACAGAUAUAAUGGCUUACAAUUCCACAAACAUAGCUUUUGCUCCGUAUGGUAAUUACUGGAGACAGCUACGAAAAAUCUGCACUUUGGAGCUUUUAAGCCUAAAAAGAGUCAACUCAUACCAACCGAUUAGAGAAGACGUGCUUUCCAAUCUUGUCAAAUGGAUUGCUUCGCAGAAUGGAUCGCCAAUCAACCUCACUGAAGCUGUAAUUUCUUCAAUAUACACUAUUGUUUCGAGGUCUGCCUUUGGCAUUAAAUGCAAAGGCCAGGAAAAAUUUAUAGCAGUGGUAAAAGAAUCGAUAAAGGUUGCAGCAGGUUUUGACUUGGGAGAUUUAUUUCCUUCUGCUAAAUGGCUUCAACAUAUUACUGGUUUGAGGCCUAAGCUUGAGAGGUUUCAUCGACAAACUGAUGAGGUAUUAGAAAAUAUCAUCAAUGAACAUAAAGAGGCAAGGUACGCAAAAGCCAAAGAUGAUGAAGGUGAAGUAGAAGAAGAUCUGGUAGACGUUCUCUUAAAAUACGAGGAUGGCAGCGACAUGGAUUUUUCCUUAACAAAAAACAAUAUUAAGGCCAUAAUCCAGGAUAUGUUUGGUGCUGGAGGCGAGACAUCUGCAAGCGCCAUAGAUUGGGCAAUGGCAGAAAUGAUAAGGGAUCCAAGAAUAAUGAAGAAAGCACAAGAUGAGGUGAGAGAGGUUUUCAAAACAAAAGGAAGGGUUGAUGAAAAUCACAUCAACGAAUUAAAUUAUUUGAAAUCAGUUGUCAAAGAAACCCUGAGGUUACACCCUCCAGUACCACUUUUGCUACCAAGAGAAUGUGGUCAAACAUGUCAGAUAAAUGGUUAUCACAUACCGAGUAAAAGUAAGGUGAUAGUCAAUGCUUGGGCAAUUGCACGAGAUCCAAACUACUGGACAGAACCAGAGAGGUUUUAUCCAGAGAGAUUCAUUGACAGCGCCAUUGACAAUAAAGGAAGUAACUUUGAGUACAUUCCAUUUGGUGCCGGAAGAAGGAUAUGCCCAGGGAUCACAUUUGGUUUGAGAAAUAUAGAGCUAGCUCUUGCAAUGCUGUUGUAUCAUUUCGACUGGAAGCUACCCAGCGGAACCAAAAGUGAAGAAUUGGACAUGACUGAGCAAUUUGGAGUCACUGUGAGAAGAAAAGAUGAUCUUUUAGUGCUCCCUUUUGUUUAUCAUCCUUUGAAUGUCAAGUAAGAGUCACACGAUGAAGCUGAAACCUUUAAGAGUUAAAAUAAUGAAGAUUGUGCGACUUAACCAUGUUUUAUAGAUUGUAUACACUGCAGUACACACUUUUUUCCAUUUGAAAGCAGUGGUUUUAAUUGCAGAUUGGAAAAUUCCGCUAUCUGCUUUAAAUUCCGCUACACUAAAGUGCUAUGCUAUAGUACUGCUUUUGCGAAAAAUUUGACAACAGUUUGCAAUUAAUUGUGUGUUGCAAAACAAUAGCAGUUUCUCUAAAUUCCACUAUGGCGCUAUAGUACCACAAUUGUCACUUUACGGUUACAAAAGUUAGUUAAAAAUAGUUAGUUGUAGUUGGUUAUGAUUUAAGAAUUACUGGUGUAGUAGGGUGUAGAUAGCUUAUGGUGCAAGUCACUCCAUUUUGUAUAUAACUCAGCUUGUAUUUUCCUUGUUUUCCAAUGAGACUCCAUUUUCACUAUGUUCAUUCUAACUCUCUCAAUAUGGUAUCAGCCCUAUAAAUGAAUGAACAUUCUUCUUCUUC